GUUUAAUAAAAGAUCACGUGAUCAAUGACCACAUGGCUAGGCCUAGGCGCUUAUAGCGUGCAUGUCAUGAGGCGACGCCGUACCACUGAACUCUGCGCCGUAACGUUACCGCGUGCAUUUGGGUGUGUAUGCAUGUGUGUGUACCAACUGUAUGUAAUCUUUCACAGGAAAAAUGGCGUCCGGAAAUUAUUUUGGGUUUACUCAUGGUGGAACGCAGUAUAGCCAACCCCAGGCUACAACGUAUACUGCUCAGCAUGCUACAGCUGCAGCUGCGGCCCAGGGAACUGCACAGCUGUUUCCUGCUCAGGCUACCCACCCAACGGCUGCUGCUGUCUAUGCAUCUACAGCAACACCUCGACAGACGCAAGCAGCCUCUUAUGACACCAGUUAUGCUACAACUCAACCAGCUGGUGGUUAUGGAUACAGCACUCCCCAGCGUCAGGACCCAACCCCUGCUCGUCAAACCACGCAGACGUAUCAGGAUAGCACUGGAUAUGCAGGUUUUGAACAAACGCAAAGUACAGGAGCAUUUCAAAAGCAGACCUACUACCAAGCCCAACCUCAGCAACACUCCAACGAAUCCUACUUUUCUCAAAGAGGAAAAAUGGCAGGAGGGAAGACAGGGUCUGUGUACACCUCUGGUGGUGGGUCAGGGUAUGGCGGAGGACAUCAGUCCAUUCAGAAACAAACCCAACCUAAGGUUGCACCUGUUGUAACCUAUGCCUAUGCCGCUCAGACUACAGCCCCGACCUAUGCUACAACCUCUUCAUCAUCCUACUCUGGCCAAUCCAAGUAUAGCGGAGGUGGUGGCGGCAACAGCAGUGGAGGCGGUGGUGGUGGUGGUGGUGGCAACAACCAAUAUUCCAGCUAUGAUGCUGCUAUCUACUCUGCAGCUACCAACUACUACCAGCAGCAACAGUCUGUCAAGAUUGGUAACCAGUGGGGUGGUGGUGGCUAUAAGGGUAUGAAGAAAGGUCAAGGAUUCCAACAUGGUAACAAAGGACCUGGUAUGAAGGAGACCAAAGCGCCACCUCAGCCUACCCAGAUUCAUUAUUGUGAUGUCUGCAAGAUCAGUUGUGCUGGCCCUCGGACCUACAAGGAGCAUUUAGAAGGUCAAAAGCACAAGAAGAAAGAAUUGGCAAGCAAGACUGGGACCAGUGUCAACCUGCCUAGCAGCAGGUCUGGGGUUCAAGCCUACCGUUGUGAACUCUGUGAUGUCUCAUGCACUGGAUUAGAUGCAUACAAUGCUCAUAUAAGAGGAUCUAAGCAUCAGAAGGUACUCAAGCUACACACCAAACUAGGCAAACCUAUCCCAUCAUCAGAACCAGUCAAGAUAGGAAACCAGGCCACUGCUGGUACCAAUAGCACCGCUGGAACCGGCAAGACCCAGACCACUCCUUCUAAGGCUGCUGCUAAACAGGCUCAACCUGUCAAGAAGAUGGUCACACCAAAGAUUACCUUUGUUGGUGGCUCUAAGUUGGCUACUACUGGUGAUGGUGAAAAGAAGAAUGAACAGAAACCUGCUGCUGCUACUCCAGCUUCUAAGGCCACUACACCUACUACUGGAUCAAAUACUGAGGAGAAGGAAGAUGUUGACAUGGAGAAGGAUAUCUUACCAGUCGGUGAGGACUACAUCGAGGAAUUAAAGAAUGAGGAAGGUAAACUGGUGAGCUUCAAUUGUAAGCUAUGUGAAUGUCAGUUUAACGAUCCUAAUGCCAAAGAGAUGCACAUGAAAGGACGUAGACAUCGUCUUCAGUACAAGAAGAAAGUUGAUCCCAGUUAUCCAGUCGAUAUCAAGCCUUCUGCGCGAUCCCGCAAGCUCCAGGAAGAGAAAUUGAGACGCCAGAUGGCUAAGGAAGAGUUCAUGAGACAAAGACAAGAGGAAUUCCAAUGGAGGGAGGAGAUGAGGCGUUAUGAAGAGGAUAUGUAUUGGAGACGUAUGGAAGAGGAGCGUUACUGGGAGGAACGCAGACGUUUUGAGCAGGAGAUGGAGUACUUUGAAUGGCAGCGUCGUCGUGGCGUCCAUCUGCCCCGCCCCCUUCCACCUAAGCCACCUGUGCCAGCUGAUGGUCCGGUCAUGCAGGUCAAGCGUUCUGAAACUGAGAUUGACCGUCAUGUCAUGUCCAAGCAUGGCUCUAUCUAUCCCACUGAACAGGAGCUUCAGCUUGUACAAAACAUGGUAUCCCAGAUGGAGAAGGCAUUGAAAGGAGUAUCUGAUCACAUUGCUGAAGAGGAUAAUCCUACACCACCUACUGCAGAAGAAGAAACCAAAGUAACUAUCAAGAGUGAACCAGGAAUUAAAGAUGGUACAGCUGCUGCUGCUGCUACUGCUACUACUCCUGACAAGAAAGAAGAAUCAGACAAGGAUCCAGCCAUGCCACCCCGUGUAUUGAAGGGAGUGAUGCGUGUUGGAGUUCUAGCCAAAGGCUUGUUGCUCAGAGGUGCUCUUAACAUGGGGCUAGUUGUACUGUGUUCUGAGAAACCAACCCGCACUCUACUUGAACGCAUCGCCAACCUCAUUCCAAAGCAUCUACAGGAUAUCACUGAAGAGAAAUAUGAGAUCAGAUUGUGUGUGGAGGAAGCUGGAUUGAUUGUGACCAAGGAACCAGCUAUGACCAUGAAGAUAUCAUUGACCUCUCCAGCCUUCAGAGAUCAACCAUCACCGGAUGCAGCAGAUUCAUCUCGAGACCCUCCGGACGUCCUGUGCAGGCAAAAAUGCCUAGAGGCUCUGGCCGCUUUACGACAUGCUAAAUGGUUCCAGGCUAGAGCUGGUGGUCUUCAGUCCUGUGUUGUUAUCAUCAGAGUUCUACGGGAUCUCUGCGAGCGUGUACCUACCUGGGCACCCCUACGAGGAUGGCCCCUUGAGUUGUUGUGUGAGAGGGUGAUUGCUAGUGCUGGUCAGCCCCUCAGUCCUGGGGAUGCUCUUAGACGAGUCUUUGAAGCUGUUGCUGGAGGAUUGCUCCUACCAGGAGGACCAGGAUUGUUUGAUCCAUGUGAGAAAGAUGAAGCUGAUGCAUUAGCUCACCUAGCUCCUCAAGAAUGUGAAGAUAUUACAGCUAGUGCACAGCAUGCUCUGCGUCUGAUCGUUUUCCGUCAAGUCCAUAAGGUGCUUGCCAUGGAACCCAUGUACUCCCAGAACAGGAACUUCAACCGUAACCGACGUAGCAACCGCAAGCGUCGUCGUGAGGAUACAGAAGGCACUGAGAACGGAGAUGCGGAGGGUAAGAAGGAUAAGAAAGAAGGAGAUACUACUACCAGCAUGGAGACAGGUGUGCCAGAGGGGACUGGUACAGAAUAGGAUCAAUAUUGAGAGGUAAUAAUUUGCACCCCUACCACACCCUUCUCUCGUUACUCACAUUGAAGGAUGAUUCAUCGAGGAAAGGAUACCAUCUGUUCUGCUAGAUUAUAUUCCCUACUAAUGCCACUUAAAAAGCUUUUAUUCAUGUGAAGUUCCUGUGUAGAUAUCUGAUUUUCUUACUUCAUUUGUUGUGGAAAAGCUACUUCAACACACUUGUAGGUUUAUUUCUCAUUAUGAAUGUUAGUGUUAAAAAGCGGUGUAGUUGUACGAUUUUAUCAGCUGGUUUGUAGAGAAUGUUAAUGUUUAAAAUGUUAUGAAAAGGACAAGCAGCUUAAGGCGACCGCACACCUUACGACUGGUCUGCGACCCGAUUUCAGAAUAAAAUGUAGAAUUUGAUGCUAAUAUUGAGACUUGGAAUAUCUUACUGUGUAAUGUUCUAAAUCAUCAUAUGAAUACCUAUGAUCAAAUCUGUGACUAUGCUAUCAUCCUUAGAAUAAAAGCGAAUUUAAUAUCUAGUCGUAAUGACAUCAUAGCAGUCAUACGAUUUGAAACUAAUUUGUCCUUUACUCCAAAAUAAAGGCUUGCAAUCUUUCAAAAUGGUUAUAAUAUUCUUUCAAUUAAUUUUAACCUCAAAUAAAAUGAUAUGUUCAAUUCACAUCUUCAGAAAAUGAGCAAAAUGCGAUUUGUUCCAAAAUCGGAUCGCGAACAGUCGUAAGGUGUGCGGUGGCCUUUAGUUAUAUCACUAAAACUGUAAUGUAACACCCUUUACAUAUUUCAAACUGUACAAAGCAUCACUGUAACCUUGCACAGAAUCAUUGAUCUUUGAAAUUCUUAAGUAUAAUGUGACAGAAAGGAGUUUAUUUCCAUGGAAACAGAUUUUAAUAAUGCCAAGAUUUAAGAGUGGUUUGUGACAAUGCUAACAUGUCUCUUUUGUAUUGAUUUGUUUCUAGGUCAGUGGUUCCUUAAAGAAAUCAUAUUAAGAAAAAUUGCUGGGCUGUAAAAACUGGGGCAUCGUUACUUUGCUAGAUUAACAGAAUGAUUGUUUUGUAUAUAUGCUGUAUAACAAAUUUCAUUGAUUCAUUCUGUGAAGAUAAAUGUUGUGUAAUGAAUUGCAAAGUAGAUCACACCUAUUAGUGAUAUAGUGUUGAGGGCUUACAGGAUUUAAAGUAUGAUUUUAUGUGUUCCUUGUCUAGGUAAUGGACUUUAAACUAUAUUAUGUCGGUUGUGAUUGGGGAAAGAAACACAAAAAUAUAACUACAACCAAAAAAAAAAGAGGGGGGAGGAAAAAAAUAUUGAUUAUCUGUCUUAUGAUUCUGUAUAGAUGUCGCCUUUAACUUAAUUUUUCUUUGCACUUUUAAUUAUGAGUUACUAGUAGUCUUGAAUUUUGGAAAUAGUAUAUUGUCAGAUGUUUUGUCCGGAUAUAUUUUGUUAUUUGUUUUUGUUACUCUUCUUUGCAUCAACAUUCAAAUUUGGUGAAUGUCUCCAGAAUGAUCAAUUUCAUCUAGUCACUAUUUACAUGUGUGAUCACUUGUUGUACUCUUAGGAGCUUUUACUCACAUGCUUAUUUCAUGAUCAUAGAAGUGUUAAUUGGAAGCUGAAAAAAAUUAUUAAGUGUUAUGUCCCAUUGCUUGGAGUAGGAUUUGUUGCCAAUUUAAAAAAAUGAUAAGUUUCAAAUAAAUAUGGCUACUGGUGAACAAAAUAUUAUGCUGUUUGUUUUCUGUAUGUAUUAAGAAAUACAGAGAAUCUACUAAAUUGAUUGUAUCUCUUAAUGGUAGAAUCAUGGAUUAUCUUGACUGUGGUGUGUGAAAGUAGAUUUUCAUUCAUUAAUUGUAAUAUAGAUUAAACCUUGCAUAAGUCUAGUGUAACUUGGAGUCAUGAAAUAGGUUUUACUUUGACAAGUUCAGUGAAUUUUGGAUUAUUUAUGACUAAACAGGCAGUGAAGAGAGUUAACUCGUUAUCAUCUUGACAUCACAAAUGGCUUGACUCUUGCAAGGUUGAAUUGUUAUCUCUCAUCAAGUGGAGCUCAUAUAAAAAUCUUUGUAGAUAUCACACUUCUGGUUUGCAUCAAUUGUUCGAUCUUGCUAAUAAUAAACCUUCCUGCUAUUGAA